UUUGUCAAUACAAAUGUCAUAAUUGUCAUUGAUAAAAAGCAGCAAUCACUUAAUGAGCAAUGGAUGUGUAGUGUAGAAAAGUGGAGAAAUACUACAUUCGUAAAUUUACGUUUGUUUUAUUUUCUGUAACCCGUAAAUAAGACUGAUCCUAUGACUCCAAUGAAGGAAGCUUCACCGCCAGUUUCUGCUAUGGCCACCCCAACAAACAGCAGCGGCAAUUUGGUGGAUGAAUUUGAGGAGGCUUUUCAACACUGCCUCAAUGUGCUUACCAAAGAGGAAGCGGUACCUACAUCGGACAAGGAUGAAAUAAAAGUCGAAAUAGAACAAACUACGUUACGUUUCAUAGACCUUGCUAGACAAAUGGAAGCAUUUUUCUUACAAAAAAGAUUCCUGCUGUCUGCAUUAAAACCUGAAAUGAAUGUGAAGGAAGACAUUAAUGAGUUACGUUUAGAGUUAGCUAGAAAAGAGGAGCUUUUAAAAAGACACUAUGAAAAAAUUGCUGUAUGGCAAAAUCUGUUAGCCGAUCUACAGAGUUACUCAAAGAGCCCAGCUCAGGGUAGUGCCACUUCGGGAGGGGGGUCUAUUCCACCUUCUCCUUUACCUAAUAUCCCAGGAAAUCAAACUCCCAAUCAGAUCAUGCCAAGUAUGUCGCCGGCUAUGCAACAGCAGCUCCAACAGCAGCAGCAACAGCUGCAAAUGCAACAGAUGCAACAGCAACAAAUGCAGCAGCAGAUGCAACAGAUGCAGAUAGCACCUGGUUUGAGUGGUGGCGCAGUGGGACCGGGAAUGCUGUCCCCUCAACAAGCAAUAUUCAUGCAACAGCAAGGUAUGGGCACAUCUCGGGGUCCUUUUUCCCAACAGGGCCCCGGGGGAGUCCUACAGGGCCCUUUAGCCUAUCUUGAGAAAACUACAAGUAACAUAGGGAUAACGGAUGGCCGUAGGUGACGCGGGCGCGGGAGGGGGCGAGGUAGAGGAAGGGGCAGAGGUAGAGGCCGUGGCCGCGGGGCCUUGCCGGACUAUGUAUCCCCUUAAUCCCCCUCCCUGGCCGGGUCCAACGGACCCGGCAACGCGGCACCGCAUUCCACCGUACAGGGACACGAGGCGGAAUCUCUCAGAUGUUAUAUGUCUAGUAUGUUAGUGUAAGCAUUGUUUAUUUUCCUUAUAACCGUCAGCAUUUUUAAAUGUAUUUAGUCAAAAUUUUAAAUAUAUUUAAAAAAAAACUUGUGGUGGGAAUUGUGUACCGCUGACACAACCGCAGGAGUUAGGUACAAGGCGUGGAUACAUCAUAAACUUGAAGUACCUGAGCUAUAACUGCAGAGUGAUACUAAUUUGGAAAACUUGGAAUCCUUAGGGAAUUUCAUAGAUCUGGAGAUAUCGGAGAAUUUCUCAAAUUUUCAUGGAAUUUUUUUGAAAUUCCAAUUGCAAUCGGUCUUUAUUUACAUCGCUGAAAAGUGCUGUAUAAUUUGUGAAGAAUUUCUUGAACAAAUUCAUGAAGUUAUUUGACAGCAGAUUUGGUUGCCUCACGAAGUGACUUCACGAAUAAAUUCGCGAUGUAGAACAGGUAUAAAUUCUAGCUAAAAUGGCAAUUUUAUUGCCGUCACCAUAUAACUUUUAAAAUAAUACUAACGAAAAAUUAAGAAAAUGGCAAUGAUUGAAAUAUAUUAUACAGGGUGUUAUGAAAUUCGCGGACACGGACUGUGGCAUCAUAUCUAGAUAAAAUGUCAAAUAACGCCAGAGAUGGUAUGCGACUACGUUGGAGCAGUAGCACAAUGUGUUGAUGUAUUUUUAGCAGCAGAUGGUGGAAAUUUUGAACAAUUCGUUUGUCAUAAUUGUUUAUCAAAUGAUUAAAAAUUGAAAAUUUUUAUUA